AUACCUCUUUGGUUAUUAGUUUACCAUCAGAACCUUCCGGUAUAUUGUAACAAGAUGGAUUUUCAUAAAACGUGUGUGAUUGUUGGGCUGUUAGCUAUGGCACAUGCUGCUUAUUCAGCGGCACAACACAGAUCCUAUCUGAGAUUAACGGAACAGGAAUUCACAAAACUUCCAAUUGAUAUUAUAAUCCAGUGCUUUGUUGGACUGUUUCUGACAUGUUAUGGAGUGGUACAUAUAUCAGGAAAUUUCAGAGAGAUACGAGCCAGCUCCGAACAAGAUAGCAAAACAUGGGAUAUGGUGAGCAACAGACAGUCAUUUUACUGUUUUAACCAUCGUGGAAAGGCUAUGUUUCCUCGCAGGGAUGCUAACUCCUGUGGAUAACACCAGUAUUGACUAAAUAAUCCAGUGUGAGUCUUCAGAUGGAGUUAAUGAAGGAGAGAAUGGACUGUUGUACAUUAUUGACAUUGAGUGUGAUCGACACUAUGCAUGUAUAUUAGUCCUGAUGUUUGAGUGUAAGUGGUACCUGUGAUAUGGUUAACAUUGUAAGAGUUGGUGCUGAUUACCCAGGAAUUAUUCUAUCUGGAUGUAACAGACGUGUGUAUGAAUGUAAAAGUAUUUUUCCUAUCUAUACAUUUGGGUAAGAAAUUAAGGUUUCAUUCCGGAUUGUUCACAUUGUGCAUGUUAUUUAAAUUUCCGAAUGAUGUCAUCAUAGUUUCCCAAACCUUUAAAUCUGGUAUUUGUUUACGCAAGGAAAUGAAAUUGAGCAACCAAUUCAUCCCAUUUCCCCCAAAGAUCUUUUAUGAAGCAUGUCUUUAAAGAAUAUCUUGUUUUAUUGAGCUACUGGUCAGCAUAAAUGAAUUUUCUCACAAGUUUCAUAAACCUUGUAUUAAAUGGUAACUAAAGAUACUUGUAGCUUUGCCAAUACUCUUGAAUUCUUAUUUUUAUUGGGCAAAACUUCCUUGGUGAUAUCUAAAGUUUGAAGUUUUGUUCAUGUAUUUAUUUUUGAAAUAUACAAUGCCAAUCACAGUUAAACUUGAUGUAAUUAUACCCGUGUUUAUAACGCUAUGAAAUGUCAUUCCACACUGAAAAUAUCGGAAUAAGUCGUAGAUUCAAUAUAAAAUAAAUUGUAAAUCUGUAUUAUGUUGUGUUUGUAAUAAUUAGAUAAAGAAUGGUUGAAAUGACUACCUGGUAUAUGUGUAUCCGAGUAUAAGCAGAAUGUAUGUACAUGUAUAUUCAGUAAAGAUGCCACAUAUUUUGAAAGAAGUGUCAAUAAUACUGUAGGAAAAUCUAGUAUCAUUCUUCAUUCUAAUGAGGAAUUUAGUCCACUUUUGUUUAUAACAAAGGUAUUCAGCCAUGUUUGGUAUUUUAUGCAAAAUCAUAAUGAUUCUGUCUAUCAAUAUAAUUUACUCAGGAGUGUAAUAAAAGAUCUUAAAUACUGUACGUUGUAAUGAAAUUGUAUGUCUGAAGUUAGUCAUUGGAUGUUUGUAAAUUGAAAAAUAAAAUCUACAAAAUAUUA